AACGUCACAGCCGUGGUCAGGGCUUCCGGUGUGAGCUUUUGAAUAUGUCCCGCCAGCUGAGAGCCCCUAGGUCUGACCCUCGUGCGGGAUUCCACAUGGAGAGCAAGGACAGAGGCCCCUCUGUUCCCCAGGGCCUGCUGAAGGCAGCGAGGAGCAGCGGCCAACUCAACUUGGCGGGAAGGAACCUCGGGGAAGUCCCUCAGUGUGUUUGGAGAAUAAAUGUGGACAUUCCUGAAGAGGCUAAUCAGAAUCUCUCAUUCAGUUCCACUGAACGAUGGUGGGACCAGACAGAUCUGACCAAACUCAUCAUCUCCAGCAAUAAACUUCAGUCUCUCUCUGAUGACCUCCGACUCUUGCCUGCCCUUACUGUUCUUGAUAUACAUGAUAAUCAACUGACAUCUCUUCCUUCAGCUAUAAGAGAGCUAGACAAUCUUCAGAAACUUAAUGUCAGCCAUAACAAACUGAAAAUACUGCCUGAAGAAAUUACAAGCUUAAAAAACCUGAGGAUGCUGCACCUCCAGCACAAUGAGCUGACUUGCAUACCUGAGGGAUUUGAGCAUCUUUCCAGCUUAGAAGAUUUAGAUCUUUCAAGCAAUCGUCUUGCAACUGUGCCUGCUGAUUUUGCUUUGCUGUCCAGUCUGCUGCGACUCAAUCUUUCCAGUAACCAGCUGAAGAAUUUGCCAGCAGAAAUAAGCAGAAUGAAAAGAUUAAAGCAUUUGGAUUGUGAUGCCAAUCUCCUGGAGGCUGUGCCUCCUGAUGUGGGUAGCAUGGAGUCACUGGAAUUGCUUUAUUUGCGGAGGAAUAAAUUGCGUGUUCUACCUGAAUUUCCUUCUUGUAGGCAAUUAAAGGAAUUGCACCUAGCUGAAAACCAGAUCGAGAAGUUAGGGGCAGAGCAUCUUCAGCACCUGCAGGCCAUCCUCGUACUGGACCUAAGGGGCAACAAGCUGAGGUCUGUCCCUGAGGAAAUGGCCCUGCUGCAGUCUUUGGAAAGGCUUGACCUGAGCAACAAUGAUAUUAGUAGUCUGCCCUGCUCAUUGGGAAAUCUUCAUUUGAAAUUCCUGGCACUAGAAGGAAAUCCUCUAAGAACCAUUCGAAGAGAAAUUAUAGCUAAAGGAACUCAAGAAGUUCUAAAAUACCUACGCAGCAAGAUCAAAGAUGAUACAACCAAUCAAAAUGAUUCUGUUCCUGAGACUGCCAUGACACUACCAAGUGAAGCCAGAGUCAAUAUCCAUGCCAUAGCCACACUAAAGCUGCUAGAUUAUAGUGAUAAACAAGCAACCUUGAUUCCUGAUGACCUAUUUGAUGCCACAAAAAACACCCUCGUCACUUCCAUCAACUUCAGCAAAAAUCAGCUGAGUGAGAUUCCACAAAGGAUUGUUGAACUGAAGGAAAUGGUGUUGGAUAUCAACCUCAGUUUUAACAAGCUUUCAUUUAUAUCCCACGAGUUAUGCUUGCUUCAGAAAUUGACAUUUUUAGAUUUAAGGAAUAAUUUUUUAAGUUCUUUGCCUGAAGAGAUGUCAUCACUGACAAAACUCCAAACGAUCAAUCUUUCCUUUAACAGGUUCAAAGUGUUUCCUGCAGUUCUGUAUGGAAUCUCCACACUGGAAGCGGUUCUGAUCAGCAACAAUCAGGUUGGCUCUGUGGACCCUCAGAAGAUGAAGCUGAUGGAAAACCUGAAUACUUUAGACCUUCAAAACAAUGACCUUUUGCAGAUUCCCCCAGAGCUUGGGAACUGUGUGCAGCUACGGACACUACUGCUAGAUGGAAAUCCAUUCCGAGUUCCUCGAGCGGCCAUAUUAAUGAAAGGCACAGCUGCUGUGCUGGAGUAUUUGAGAGAUCGAAUCCCUGCCUGAGAACAGCUGGCUUCUUACUCUGGGCGUGGUCACUCAGGAUAGGACAGAGCCAGCCUCCAGGGACUGCUGUGUUCCAGGUGUCACUAGACAGUCACUGUUUGGGCUAUGGUCAUUCCUACUAAAUGUCUACAGCUUGUGAAGUGAUGUGAACAUUUAUAAUGUCAACUGCAACAGAUUUUAAAGGUUUUACAAAUUCAUUCCUUUAUGACACUGCAAGAACUUUUCAUAUGAUUUUUAUAAUGAAAAAGCAACCAUCUUUGUAAAUCUGGGUUCCCCCUGGUAUCUUUUCAUUUUCCAUAUUAUAUGAACUGAGCAAGACUAUAUAAGGUGUAAAGUCAGCAAACUUUUACUAAAUAUUAUUCUUUGGCAUUUAAAAGAAAAUCAAACUUUUCAUUGUCCAGGAUAGGACUUGCUAUGUGGUCAGUGUCACUGCAUGUUUAUGUUUAGGGUUUUGGUUUUGACUUGAAAUUUUUUUUUUAAUGUUUUGAGUGUCUUUUAUUCCAACGUGAUACAUCUUAUUAUUUCCACAACCUUGAUUCUGAAAUCUCCUUACAGUCUGAUUAAAACUAGACUGGUAGUUUUACAGUAAUUUUCUAAAAAGGAGUUAGAUAUAGGCAAGCUUGAUUUAAUAAAAAUCCAAAUAUAAACAUUGUUGUUUACACUGAAAUUAUCAAAUGCAGCUUUUCAGCCAUCUUGGUUCAUCAUGUGAUUGAGUCAAAAGUAGCCAGUUCAGUAGAAGCAUGUGUCAGCGUGCGGAGGGUGGAGGUAGAGAGCUUAUAGGUGGUUGAGGUUGUUGAUCUUAGGAAAAUCAGUGCUAAUAAAGAUACAUGCUUUAUGUUCAUAAUAAAAGUUACAUUUUUAAGGUA